AUUUACAGGAAGUUUUAUCACAUGUGUACUGAGGAAGAGAACGCAGAACUCCACUGACCCGCAGAAUCUAUGCAGAUUUGUUUGCUGUGCUUAAUAUGCUGACAGAUAAAAGAAGAUAAAGCGAACCAGGGCGAAGCAUUAUGGCCACCCCAGCUUUAGUGAUCCAGCAGCAGCCAGUGGCGGUGCCGAGAGUCACAGCCUGGAACACAGGACUGUGCCACUGCUGCCAGGACAUGAAUUCAUGUUGUUAUGCUUACUGGUGUUUUCCCUGCUUCAUGUGCAGCACUUCGUCUAAGUUCGGGGAGAGUUUAUGCCUGCCUCUUGUGGACAUUUUUGGCCCGGCGUUAAUGGCGGCUACCGGAGUGGGCCUCUGUGUUCCUCCUGUCACUCUAUCUAUGAGGGUGGCCUUACGCUACAAGUACCAAAUCCCGGGCAGUUUGUGUGAAGACAUCCUGAUCUCCUGUUUCUGCGUCUGUUGCUCGUGGACUCAAAUGGCCCGGGAGAUAAACCACCGGAAAAUGACAGCGGCGGUGAUGAGCACACAGCCCAGGGUCGUCCAAACCGUCACUGCCACAUCCACCAUACCGGUAAUGGCGUGUGCACCAAAAACCGUGACCAUGUAUGAUAACCUCGCUCAAGAAUAAACAAGCCAUACGGUUCUUCAGUUGUGUCUUUAAGUCGACCUUUCAAUUUAAGAGAAAUACAACCAAUUUUUAAACAUCUAAAAUGCCCUCUUAGUCUCAGUCAUUAUUAAACAAACCUGGAACUCUGGAAGAGUUCCAGCAUCUGAGAAUUGCACACCAGUAAUGUUUGACCAAUACGUUACAGUUUACAUUUUACUGAAGCAGAUAAAAACCUUAUUUUUCUUUUUCUCCUUCUUCUCCUUCUUCCUCUUCUUCUAACUUUAUUUUCAAGAUUUUGCGAGGUGUCUACUUCACCUGUUUACCUACUUUAACCUGAACACAACAUACCAAAGUAGCACAAUUAACUGAGAACAGAAAAUUUUAAAACCUUGAUAAAUGAAAAAAAUAUAUAUUGAUACUACCCUCAGAUCCAGUCUUCCACAAUCAAAAUACCAUGCAAACAAAAAAUGAAAACAUUUUCUGAUCAAUAAAAUCAAGGGAAAUUAAAUCACAAUUCACUGAAGUGAACCUCUGGUUUAAACAAAUACUCACUAUAUUAAAAGGGACGUUAAAAUGAUACCAGAAAAACAGAAGAACAACUGGUUUGGUUCCUGACAGAUUGGUCCCAUAUGACUAAUGGAUUUUGAUUCAGUUGUGGUGAGAACAAAAAUAUAUAUAUUUCUUUUUUUUUUUUUUUUGUACAAUUUAAAAAUGAAAUGAUUUGUGAGAUGAUUUGUCUCUGUCUCUUUUAUUCGCUUUCAUAAAUUCAUAUAUAGCAUUUGUUUACUUUUUUAUUUGUUGACAGAUUCCUCACCUUAUUUUGAAUCAUAAAUCAUUUGAAUUUUUUUAAUUAAAAAAUGUAAAUCACUUCGGACUCAAAAAGUUGUUGUAACACAAAUAAAUAAAGA